AUGCCGCACGAGCGCGUGGCGGCCAUGUUUGACCGGGUCAACGCGGGCAUCGACGACUUUGGCCUGUCGUGUGUUGAGGAGGACGAGCAGGAGCAUGAACGUGAUGAGUCGUGUUCUAGCGGCGGCAGCAGCAGCAGCAGCGAUGAUGAGGGUGGUGGUCUGGCGGGGCCCCUGAGGGAUGCGACAUUCCUCACAGCUGUCGGCAUCACUGGAGAGCUGCCCUCUGACGGCGCAUCCGACGGCGGCGGCGGCCCGCAGCCGCGCCCGCCGCCCGACGGCGGGCGCGAGGGGCCGUCAGGGGCGCCGGCGGCGGCACUGCUGGAGGACCCAACUGAGCGCCUCGCGGCCGCCCUGGGGCUGGACAUCAACCUGCUCGCGCAUAGACGCGGCAGCGGCGGCAUCGCCGCCGUUUUUCCUGGCGCCGGCGCCGCCUCGGCCGCCAAGCGGCUGCGCCAUGCGCUGUCUCACCCCCUGGUCGACCCAGAUGCUGGGGCCCGCCCCGACCAGCAUCACGCUGCCGCAACCGCCCUCAGCCGCGCGCGGCGGCGGCCGCGGGCGCAGCGGCGCGGGGCUGGGGCCGGCGCCGGCGCGGCGGCGGCUGGGGGGAGGAUACCGGAGGCGCUGCAGACGCGGGCUGCGGCGGUGGGAAAUCUCGAGAGCGUUGCGACGGCCAUCCGCGGGCGGCUGCAGGUGCUGUGA